CGGGCAGGUUCUUUGGUGGCCAGUACUAGUACGUGUGACCUGCCCCAGCUGUUGGUCCGACUCGUUCGGCCCUCGAAUCUGUCAUUCAUUUCUCAUUCCGUCGCGAAGGCCUCGCAGCAGCAGCAGGUGUCUCGCUGUCUCUGCGCGCACCUUGUCCGUCAUACACAUCACGACCCACCACCUUGCUGGGGCACAUGAAACACAUCGUCGCGUCUGUCACAGCCUGCAUCGGCGCCACAGCGUCGCACCGUGAAAAGUACGUCGUGUGUGUCACCGUCCAGCACAAACUGCCAGCCACGCUUUGGUACACAUACAAGCUCCACGGGGACUUUGUCCAGCUGUUCCAUGACCUUGUGGACCUGGCUGCCCACACCAGUUGUGCGCAAGAGUGCAGCGUCGGGUGCGCCCUGGCGUCGCUCGCUGGUCUGCUGGACCCGCUGGCCACCACCAAACUCGACAACUUGAACGCGUUCGUCCAGAAAAUCGCUGGCAUGACGCGGUCGUCGUCCGAGCACGCCGACGUGUGUCUGCUUCGCGCGAAGGUCGACGCAGCGCUCAAAGCGUUCUUGGAAUGGCGGGAAGUCGAUGCUUCGGGCCGCGGCGGCCUCAAACGCCAACUCAGUCUGCCGUCGCUGCUCAUUGCGUACAACAACCAACAGCCAGACUGCUUGGUGAUGAAUCAGCCCUCCAAGUUUGGCGGGUCGCACAGCUAUCCCGUCAAAAUCACCAAGUUGGACUCGACCGCAGUCCUCCCGACGGCGCAGACACCGUUGGGCGUCCUGCGCAAGUUCCGUGUCAUGGAGGCGACUUCGAGCACCACGACCCAGUCCAAGUUCCCGUCCCCUACCAUCAGCGCUACGACCUGCAGCAAUCAACUGUUUCAGCGGAAAGCCAUGCUCAACGGUGGCCAGCCGUCGGCCGUACGCGGCAUGCAAGGCCGUCGACGGGUGUUUACCGAAGUCAAUUUUGACGGCAUGUAAACAAACUGCAAAGACCCUUAAUUUAUAACAAGACGUAUUUAACUUUGCA